CAUCUGUCUGGUCGGUACUCCAUCAGAGCUAAACAAAAUAUACAUAGUGAUGGAGAUUUCGGGUCAGUUUGGGUUGAUCUGGGAGCAAACGAGGGCGCCAUUGUUGGUGCCAGUGCUGAAAGUCAUGGUGGUUAUGUGCCUGGCAAUGUCCUUAAUGCUUUUUAUCGAAAGGGUUUAUAUGGGGAUUGUGAUAGCUUUUGUCAAGUUGCUUCGGAGAAAACCUGAGAAAAUGUAUAAAUGGGAGCCGAUGAAGGACGAUGUUGAACUUGGGUAUUCGGGUUAUCCCAUGGUUUUAGUUCAAAUCCCAAUGUAUAAUGAAAAAGAGGUGUAUCAGUUGUCGAUCGGAGCUGCAUGUGGGCUUUCAUGGCCGGCUGAUCGGAUCAUAAUUCAAGUGCUCGAUGAUUCAACGGAUCCUGCCAUUAAGACUCUGGUGCAGCUCGAAUGCCAAAGAUGGGCCAGCAAAGGCGUGAACGUAAAGUACGAGAUAAGGGACAACAGGAAUGGAUACAAAGCAGGUGCUCUAAAAGAAGGGAUGAAGCAUAGCUAUGUUAAACAAUGUGAUUAUGUUGCCAUUUUUGACGCCGAUUUCCAGCCCGAGCCGGACUUCUUAAACCGAUCCAUCCCGUUUCUGGUUAACAACCCUGAACUUGGACUAGUUCAAGCUCGUUGGAAAUUCGUGAACUCGGAUGAAUGCCUAAUGACAAGGAUGCAAGAGAUGUCAUUGGAUUACCAUUUCAUAGUGGAGCAAGAAGUGGGAUCUUCCACCUAUGCUUUCUUCGGUUUCAAUGGGACGGCUGGCGUGUGGAGAAUUUCAGCAAUCAAUGAAGCAGGAGGAUGGAAAGACAGAACAACAGUUGAAGACAUGGAUUUGUCUGUCCGAGCUAGUCUCAAAGGCUGGAAAUUCGUUUACGCCGGUGACCUCAAGGUGAAAAAUGAAUUGCCUAGUACUUUCAAAGCCUACAGGUUUCAACAGCACAGAUGGUCAUGUGGCCCUGCAAACCUCUUCAAGAAAAUGGUAACAGAGAUCAUGAGAAACAAGAGAGUUUCACUGUGGAAGAAGCUAUAUGUGAUUUAUAGUUUCUUCUUUGUCCGAAAGAUAGUGGCACACAUCGUCACAUUCGUGUUCUACUGCGUUGUCUUGCCUGCAACCGUGUUUUUUCCCGAAAUCGAAGUUCCGAAGUGGGGCGCUGUCUAUAUUCCUUCCAUUAUCACUCUACUCAAUGCCGUCGGAACUCCAAGAUCAUUGCAUCUAGUACUAUUCUGGAUCCUGUUCGAGAAUGUCAUGUCCUUACAUAGGACAAAGGCGACAUUCAUCGGUCUGCUGGAGGCAGGAAGAGUGAAUGAAUGGGUCGUUACAGAGAAAUUGGGAGACGCUCUGAAGCCUAAAUCAGACGGUAAGCCUCCGAGGAAGCCUCGUAUUCGUAUCGGAGAAAGAGUCCAUCUACUGGAGCUUGGAAUCGGGGCAUACCUAUUCUUGUGUGGGUGCUAUGAUUUGGCCUUCGGGAAGAAUGGGUAUUUCAUAUUCCUGUUCUUGCAAUCCAUUGCCUUCUUUUUGGCAGCUGCUGGUUAUGUUGGAACCAUUGUGUCUGCUUAAUUAUUUCAUCGAACAGUCAGAUCUCUCAACUCUCUGAUUGUCCAA